AUGGGUGUUCUCAAAAAAAAAUUUUUUUAUUUAGCUGUGAGAUUUCCUGAAACAACCCUGUACCACUGGGGAAAGCCAUUGGCAAACGCUUCAAGUUUAACUGGAACAAAUGCUGUGCCUGUUGUGGCAAAUGGGCCUAGUCAAUUUGGAGAAGCAGUGGAAAUAAGGGACUGGGACAAAGAGUGCUUGACGGACAAUGACUUCUUUCGCAAUAACUACACAUGCAUCGCGGACCCAUCCACAUGUUCAAACGACUCAAACGGCAUUUCAAUGUCGUUUUUUUACAAGAGGGAGAUUCCGAUGAAAGAUGUGUAUCUCAAGUAUUACACCAGGUCCAGCAAUGCGAAUUAUGCCAGGGAAACUCUCGUCAGCACUGGAGGAGACAAACAAGGACACCCUGGGAUCCACUUGUGGUGGGAAGGACCCUUCAUAGGAGUCCUGGUGAGCACUGGUGCCCAGUAUUGGGAAUCAGUGUUCCUUCCCAGUCUCUACAACGACACCUGGAACAACAUUGCAUUUCGAUGGCUGAGACCCCAAGGAUCCGAAAAGGGCAAACUGGAAGUUCUCAUUAAUGUUGAGCAACAAGCAGCAGUGAACUUUCCAACUAAUGCUGUUGGGGGUACAGCAAAGAAAGCCCUUUUGCCACCCACCCUCAUGUUGGGCUGUCACAGAGACAGCGGGUCCUUUGCUGGAACCCUUUUUGGAGGAGGGUUCUUUGAUGAAAUUGCGUUUUGGGACACGUUCAUCUAUGACAACAAGAGUGCCAUGUUUGCUGGAGGAUACCGAUGGUUAGCUCAGACGUCUAUGUCGGCCACUUCGUCCAUGCUGAAGGGCAAUCGGGAAGCCUGGGAAUCCAUCGGUGAAGCAGGGUACAAACCGGGGGCAUCCAAACUCGUGGGCAGUCAGGAAGAUUACUUCAUGAAUUUGGCCAACAGCAUGAGUGUGCCGAAUGAUAUGACAACCACCAAGUUUGUGGAUGUGCCUUCAGAUGAGAUUGUGUCCAAGUUUGGAGUGGCCAGGAUUGGAUACUUGGCCAAGUCUCCUCCCAUUGUGUUUCCAAAUUACUCUGACACUAUUUGGGACAAAGGGUUGAAGGAG